AUGGAGAACGAGCCUGGAAUAGUGUCUCCUUUCAAACGAGUCUUCCUGAAGGGUGAAAAAGGGCGAGAUAAAAAAGCCCAGGAGAAGGUUACAGAGAGGCGGCCUCUGCAUACGGUGGUGGUGUCCCUGCCUGACCGCGUCGAACCAGAUGUGCUGCUGAAUGACUAUAUCGAGAAAGAAGUGAAGUAUUUAGGUCAACUCACAUCCAUCCCAGGGUACCUGAAUCCCUCCAGCCGCACAGAGAUCCUGCAUCUGAUUGAUAAUGCAAAGAGAGCACACCAGCUCCCAGGGCAGCUGACCAAAAACCAGAAAAACAACGCUGACACCAGCCCCGCUGCCUACAACAUCAAGCUGGUGUGGAGGGAUGGAGAAGAUCUCAUCCUCAGGGUCCCUAUCCAUGACAUCGCAUCUGUUUCCUACAUCCGAGAUGACUCCUCUCACUUGGUUGUGCUGAAAACAGCUCAGGACCCUGGGAUCUCCCCAAGCCAGAGUCUCUGUGCUGAGAGCUCCAAAGCACUUACUUCGGGCUCGCUGUCUGAGAGUGGGGUGGUUCCUGUCGAAGCUUGUUGCUUGGUGGUCCUGGCUACAGAGAACAAAGUGACUGCUGAGGAGCUGUGCUCACUUCUCAGCCAAGUCUUCCAGAUUGUUUACACUGAGUCCACGAUAGACUUCUUGGACAGAGCAAUAUUUGAUGGGGCCUCCACACCAACACGGCACAUGUCCUUACACAGUGAUGACUCUUCUACAAAAGUGGAUGUUAAGGAAUCUUAUGAAACGGAAGCAAGCACUUUUUCUUUUCCAGAAACCUUGGAUGCAGGUGACAACUCCCCCUCUUCCUUUUCCACGCAACAGUCUCCACACAUUAAGACAGUCAGUGAGAGUGAGCUGAGCACCACAGCAACAGAGCUGCUCCAGGACUACAUGAUGACGCUCCGAACUAAACUCUCAUCCCAAGAGAUCCAGCAGUUUGCAAUGCUUCUGCAUGAAUAUCGCAAUGGGGCUUCAAUCCAUGAAUUCUGCAUCAACUUGAAGCAGCUCUACGGGGACAGCAGGAAGUUCCUGCUCCUAGGUCUUCGCCCCUUCAUCCCUGAGAAGGACAGCCAACACUUUGAGAACUUCCUGGAGACCAUUGGGGUGAAGGACGGCCGAGGCAUCAUCACAGACAGUUUUGGGAGGUACAGGCGGACUCUGAGCACCACCUCCAACUCCACCACCAAUGGCAACGGUGCUGCCGGCAGCUCGGACGACCAGUCCGUCCCUUCCGAGGAGGAUGAGUGGGACCGGAUGAUCUCGCACAUCAGCAACGACAUUGAAGCCCUGGGGUGCAGCAUGGACCGCGAUUCCUCCUGAGAGCAACCGGGGGGAGGAUGGAGACACCCCACAGUGGCACUGGGAUCCUCACCCUCCUUCUGGAAGAGGUUUUGGAGCUCCAUCAGGAUGCAGUUACUCUCCCAUCCUCGUUCACAGCUCCAAGGGGCAGCUGGUGCCCUCUUAC